AAGCGGAAGCAGAUUAAUUCGGCUCGCGCUCUCACACUCCUGGGCUUCACCUCACGCUCAGUAAUGAUGGUGAUGAUGUUUCACUUUCACUGAAGACUGAACACUGAACACAAUGGAGGACUUGUCCAAAGAAGAAUACAAGAUCCACUCCUUCGACCCGGAGACACAGAAACUGCUUAAAAUGGCUCUUAAAGAUCCAGGUUUGGUGGAUUUGGAGACUGUGUGUAACGUCAUUGUGGACCAGUCGUUGAAGGAUCAGGUGUUCAGCAAAGAGGCCGGACGCAUGUGCUUCACUAUCGUCCAGGCGGAGGCGAAGCAGAGCAGCAGCAGUGUGUUUCGCCGUCACCUCUUGACCCGGCUACAAGAGGAGUUCAAGGGCCGAGAGGAGAUGAGAAAGAGGUCCACUCAGGAGUGGGUGUGUUACGUCUCCUUCAUCUGCAACAUCUUCGAUUACCUCAAGGUGAACAACAUGCCGAUGAUGGCGCUGGUUCACCCGGUCUAUGACUGUCUGAUGAGACUCGCCCAACCAGACGCACUCAAAAACGAAGAGGAGGUGGACUGCCUGGUGCUGCAGCUGCACCGUAUUGGUGAUCAGCUGGAGAAGGUGAACACAGAGCGCAUGGACGAGCUCUUCUUCCUGCUGCGCGACGGCUUCCUGCUGCAGCAUGGCCUCAGCUCGCUCUCUCGCCUCCUCCUACUCGAAAUCCUCGAGUUCCGCGCCGGAGACUGGAGCCUCAGCGACACGGCCCAGAAGUACUAUUACAGCGAAGUGCAUGACUGACGGACGGACUGACUGACUCAUGGACUGACGCCUGACAUCUUGGCCAAUCAGCAGCGAGAAGCAGAACAUGCGCUGUUUGUUCCCCAAGGCCGUUUAUUAACGUGUGUUCGGACUGGACUUGUUUAUUUUUCAUGGGUAAAGACACAGGAAGUGAACAAGUGCCUUCUAGGAGUUAAUUUCUGGGCUUGGUUCCAAAUCUUUAAACUCAGGUACAUCACUCCGAGUGUUGAUUGUCAUGGAAAUGGAAGAGUGAAAGGGUUUGAAAGUAGAGUGAUUUUAGGAUCAGUGAGGACUGGGUCGGAAAAUCAGUGUCUUGUUCUUGAGGGAUCGAAAGAUGAAUUAACGUCAGUCUGAAUAACGUUGUCAUGAUCAUGUGGCUCUGAGUAAACUCUACCUUGAAGCAUGAAAGCUCCACAGUGUCUCCGUGAUGUCAUUCUCAAGUUCUGGACUUUCUGACUUGGACUUUGGAUUCAGUUUGAGUAGAGGACCCGGGACUCGGCGGGGUUCUAGCUAGGCCUUUUCAGCGUAUUGGGCCGAUAUGCAAUGUUUCCUUAGCGCUACGUCUACAAUCUUGCCGACACGCCUGUAAAAGUUGGUGCUACACGAAUAAAAAGACCUGUCAGUCUUGAAAAUGGCCUUUUGUUUAAUUUUCUCUUAUCCCCACACGGGGGCGACAGCGCGCCACGAUGCAAAUGCUCUUCAUUCGGACAUACUCCACUCCCUGUCCACGCAAGCGCCCAGUGUGUAGGUGCCUGAGUAGUUCCGUGUGGAGAUCAUCCCUGAUCAUGCUAGUCCGGUUUAUCUCCUUCCUUGCGCUGUGUUUGCGGUAAAGUGCCAUCUGUAAGCGCCUCUUGUAAUAUGCGCUGGUCCCCGGCAAUUUUUUUUUUUUAUAACGCAGCACAGUGCAUUGAAACUGUCGGAGUAACGGUCAGUAGGGGAAGGUGUACCUCGCCUAAGGCCUAGCAAUGCUGGGUCCAGAGUAAUUCAAGAUCUCAUCAUCUGGAUCUGAUCACCACAGAUAAAUUUCUCGUCAAGCUAGGCAAGCGUCGCAGGGCUACUGGGAGCGCUGCAGAUUCAGUGCCACCUCACAGUAGCGGUCUUGAGACCGAGUUGGACAUGUCUGUCUGCAGUGACGCUGUCAGUGAGUGAGCAGCCGUGUUUGCCUUUGGCUUCUGGUUCUAAUUCAGCACACUCGGUUAGUGAUUGUGGCCACAGUCCCCUGGAAGGACGCGAAGAAAUGACUAUCGGGGUUUCAUCCAGAGUGGUAUAAACGGUACCCUUGGGUCACCUGCAUCACUGAUGGUGAGGGUGUUGAAGAGGGUAAGAAGAAAGAAAGCGGACACUUGGUGAGCAUCAACCGGUUGUUUUAUUCUUAUUCCGUAAAUGUCACGAAUAUAGUUGAAUCUUAAAGUUAAACUGCCUUUCAGAUUUUUCAAGUGUACACCACUGUUCAAAAGUUUGGGGUCACUUUGAAAUGUCCUUAUUUUUGAAAGAAAAGCACUGUUCUUUUCAAUGAAGAUCACUUUAAACUAAUCAGAAAUCCACUCUAUACAUUGCUAAUGUGGUAAAUGACUAUUCUAGCUGCAAAUGUCUGGUUUUUGGUGCAAUAUCUCCAUAGGUGUAUAGAGGCCCAUUUCCAGCAACUCUCACUCCAGUGUUCUAAUGGUACAAUGUGUUUGCUCAUUGCCUCAGAAGGCUAAUGGAUGAUUAGAAAACCCUUGUACAAUCAUGUUAGCACAGCUGAAAACAGUUGAGCUCUUUAGAGAAGCUAUAAAACUGACCUUCCUUUGAGCAGAUUGAGUUUCUGGAGCAUCACAUUUGUGGGGUUGAUUAAAUGCUCAAAAUGGCCAGAAAAAUGUCUCGACUAUAUUUUCUAUUCAUUUUACAACUUAUGGUGGUAAAUAAAAGUGUGACUUUUCAUGGAAAACACAAAAUUGUCUGGGUGACCCCAAACUUUUGAACGGUAGUCUAGGUCAUAAAAAGAAUUUUUCCCGACACCUAAUUAUUUUUGUUUUAGUGACUGAAAGCUACUGAAUUUGAAUCACAGACUUCCAAUUUUAUUAGUUUUUUUUUUUAAUAGAACGAUUAAUGAAUUUAGAGCCCUGUGGCCUUAAAUUCCCCGGGGGGGGGGUUCCUUCUUUUUUUCCUGCUUCACCAUGACCCAAUUCAAGAUACUACGCCAUACAUCCCAUGGUGGGCUUUCCCCGUUCACGCAAGGCAUUGUGGGAUACAAAUUUGAAACAGGAGAGAAAAAUGGAGGACGUGAAAGAGCGACUACAGUAACGGAAAGAAAGUGAGAAGAAAAGACGUUAUGUUAUAUACGAAGGAAAGGAAACGCAGGACCAAACUAAUAAAUAUGGGCACUCAGCGAGCACCUCGGUGUGAUCAGCUGUUCGUUUAGCAACAGAAUGAUGGAACUGUCAGUGCACGCUCAAAGGGAAACCUGUAGAUGGCAGUAAUGCAACACUGUGGAUGCCAGCUGCUGUAAAACCCAAAAGAAGAAGGUAAACCUGUGCAUGCGCACACGGACUUCCUCUGUCUGCUUGACUGCGCGAAGCAAGCGAUUUCAUGCACAUUAUUUGCUUUAAUCCCCUCAAAUUAAAUAACUUCCCAGCCACAGAAUGGCCUGAUAUUUUGUGAGAUAUUGCAGAAAUAAACAUGUAUCACAAUGAUCACGUUUCAGACGGAACUAAAUUUCAGCGAGUUUAUGAAAUUGAAAGGCCAUCUCGCUUUAAUAUUACUAGAGAAUAGUGUCAGGAAAUGCAUUUCCAAGCAUGUGGAACCCAUGAGCUUUUGGGGACCUAAGGUGGCUCCCGAGACCCCGGCCGCUAUGACUGGUGCCGCUACGCUGAUGUUUUGGUCGAGUUAGAACCCUGACUCAGGACUCGAUUUGAGCCGUAGCCAAGAGCUUUUGGCUGUGACCUUGGAUUGGAUUUGUGCAGCAAAUCUGGGGGCUUGACAUGGACAUCACUUUUUGAAUAAUAGUCUUGAGACUUUGAACUCAAUCUGAAUCACAGCAGAGGGACUCUGGCGUUGACUUGGACCUGACUUUUGAGCAAGUAGCCUGGGCACUUUGGACUCGAUGUGUCAUUAACUUGAGUGAUGGAUUUUUGCACUUUUUAUUAGCAGCAUUAGGUCUGUGGACAAUAAUCACCUCGUACUUGACGGUAAGUGACUUGACGACGACGCUGGUGUAUGAGAGCACCUGAGAGUUUAUUUAGCAGAAAUAAAACCAAAGCAGAAGAUACAAUUCUGAUUACAGUGCUUUAACCUUGGGAGUCGAAUAGGAUCUCCAGCAUGGUGCUAAUGUAACGAAUCCCUUUACAGGGGAUGGAAAGAAAUAGAUGUUGGGGGAUGGGGUUAAAUUACACUUUUUGCUCUGACUAGGUGUUUGCUCAUUAAAACUAUAAAGCGUAUAUAAUAUUUAUACAGGGAAUACAGACCAGCCUGAGCUUUGACACAAAAUAUUGGAUUUUUUUUUUAAAUAAUAAAUUUAGUCUGAAAAGGAAUUCCACAUGUCUUUGGGAGGAGGCUGUAUUUUGUAAGAGUUUAUCCUGUUCAGAGUUCUGGACAAACUUGUACCUUCACGUUGUUCAUAGUCUAAUAAACACAGCCAAGUUAAAAUGCUGACCGAUGAGGAAAAGACGGGAGUCCUAAUUUCAGUACAAUACGGUAAGAUCAUGAACCGUAACCAUUAGGGUUCUGUGAUUGUUGUGGUGUGAAACUUUCCAUGUCUUUUGACUAGCUGAGAUGAUGUUUACCAAAGUUGAGACUUGCCUAAACUCAAAAAAAAAAAACCACACAAACUUGGUUGCUUUUUUUUUUUGGAGAUGGAGACUAUAAAAUAGCAUUUU